AUGGAAUUCGAACGUAAAAGAGAAUUAGAGGAAAAAAAACAAAGGCUUCUUAGGCUUAAACAACAGAGAGAAGAACGCAGACUCAAUAGUCAAAACACGUUUAUAAGUGAGCCCGCGUAUAGAACUGAUCCGGAUAGGGAUCGUAAGAUCAAUGAAUUUGCUAAAUCAUUGCUAGAAGAGAAUGAUAAGCCCACAGUACGUACAUCACGUACUGGAACGAUAUCGAGUCAGGAAGAUCUUUUUAUCAUUACCAAUAAAGACAAAACUGAGAAGGGUAAGAAUGCUGCGCUUUAUACAAAUAAUUAUUCGUCUCCAGGCGUCUCGGUCCCUCCAAGCCCAACUUUUAUUCCUCCCCCUCGCUUUAUGCCUGAGCUGAGCUCGGUUCAAGGGGAAUCAGUAGACAUUGCUGCAAGG